AUGUCGACUACCUCGAAUAUAUUCCAGCCACCAGAGCCAUACAGCUACACUCCCAUAGAUCUCAACCACCCUCAACCUAAUUACGCUGUCCCCGCGCCCCCUGCCGGUCUACACCCUCAACAGGCUCACCUUCGACAAACCCAUAGAAUGCCUAUUAGGGGCUCUUUCCAUAUUGCAACUGGUGCUGCCUUCCACACUGCUGAAAAUGACACGGAAGCUGCCCUUCAAGGUCCUUCUGCCAGAUUUGAAACCAAUGAUGGCUAUGUAGACGUUAGAGUUUGGGUUUCCGGGGGCUCUGGUAUCGCCACCGUCGAAGCUUCCUCCAAAUCUGGUAGAGUAAAGGUUGAAGUCGUUGACUGUCCCUCCAGACUCCCCUUACGCCUUCAAGCAAAGUCAAAGAAAGGCCCCGUUCAAGUCCUCCUUCCCCCUUGUUUCUCCGGUCUCCUCAUCGCAGACGCUCAAACUAUCAAUCUUAGUGAGGGCGCGCAGAAUAGAGCAACCCAGGUCGUUGGGUUCGCUAACAGAUUCCUUAUCGCUGGCUUAGAUGGCUCUACUAGAGGUGGCUCUGAGGUUAAAAUUGACGCACUCAACGCAGACGCUAAAAUAGCGUUUGCAAGGGAGAACCUUCACAUUACACCCACGUAA